AUGGCCGCAUUGAUCGAUCCCACCGUCAAGGGCAGAUACCCCGUCGUCCUCGGCGAGGGCAUGCUCGACAAGACGUCUAACGACAUCUUCACCGGCAUCCGCUACAACCACAAGCCGGACUUAUCCGCGAGCGAUGCGCCCGCCCACGCCCGCCUUAAGCCGUCCCUGCCGGGCAAGACGACCUCGUAUGAUCUCUCCUAUACCGAUGGCGGCUCCUCGUACGCCUAUACCGGGACGCGCAGCGUUGACGAUAACCAAUACGUCCUGCACUUUGACCCUGAGCGCAAGGUCUUUAUUCUCGAUAAAGUCGACUCGACUUUCAACUUGAACAUCACCCGCCUCCCGAGUAACUCGGACCCCGCUCGGCUCGCCCGACAGUACCCUCACCUCGACAACCAGAAGCCUGACGCCAAAAAGAACGCCACGGACAGGCCUAAGCCCAAGCCCGCUGCCAAGCCACCUGCCAAGAACCCCGCCCAGCAGACAAGGCAGCCGAGGCGCAAGACGGAAAAGAAGCAGCCUCAGCCGCCAAAGGACGUGGCUCUCUCUCUGCCCAAACCCGAGCCGCCCAAGCAGGACAAGAAGAGCUCGAAUCGCGCCGAAAAGGACGAGGAUGACGAGGACGAGGACGACGGCGACGGCGACCUGCUCGUCGAGUAUCCCGGCGGCAACAACGCGGCCGCCAAGCUGACCGACUUCUCGCCCGCCUUUCCCGCCUUUCCCCAGCCGCGCCGCUUCGACGACUUCAUGGACCAGCGCGACUCAGAGGGCGAUGCCGACGGCGAGAGCGACGGCGAUGUCGACUUCGACUUCAAGCUGCCCAGCCCCGUCAACCACAACAUCCAGGUGGCCCCGGCGGCGGCGGACGGCCAUGCCGACGACGCAUUCGCCGCCGCCGACGAGCCCGGUAGCGCCGCCGACAUGGAGGACGACCUGGAAAAGGAAAUGGAAAUCGCCUUCGAGGACUUGGCCAAUAGUCAGGAGGGAAGCCCCGACGGCGGCGACGAGAGCGAGAUUAGCGAGGAGGACUAG